UCGGGCAUCGUUCAGGGCUUAAAUGCCCACAAGCAUGGGUGUGUAGGGUAGACUAAACAUCCGAGAAUACAAAGAAAGAGGCAUCAUGGCCGAAAUAUCUCUGUAUCUCACCAACGUGAAUGUGUCUCUGGGCCAAACGAUGGACGCAGAGAAGAUCCCCAGUACAGGGAAGGACUUUGAGAGUGUCGAGCUGGGAGACCUGGAGAAGGGGGAUCAGAAAGAAGAGAAAGCCCCACGAAGGAUCAUCCAUUUCUCUAGUGGAGAAACCAUGGAAGAAUACAGUACAGACGAGGAGGAGGGGGAGGACAAGGAACCAGAGAAGAAGGACCUACUGUCCCCCCCUGUCGAUGCGGUGAGGAACAAGCUGACCUGGGGCCCAUACUUCUGGUUCCAUAUGUGGAGAGCAGCUACCUCCACUGUUUCAGCUUGUGACUACCUCGGGGAGAGGAUGGCCUCGCUCUUUGGAAUCACAUCGGCCAAAUACCAGUACGCCAUCGACGAGUAUUACAGGAUGAGGAAAGAGAAGGAGGAGGAAGAUGAGGACAACCGGUUAUCAGAGGAGGCGGAGCAAUACUUUGUCGAGAAUCAGGACGAGGAGAUCCAUGGACCAAUGACGGAUCAGCCAGAGGGAACCGCUACCACCCCCCACUCCACGGACACCUAUCAAGUUGAGAAAGAGGCCAAGGCCACGCCUACUGCCAUCAGUGUCCCAGCCAUUGUCACGACAACAACCUAACUAACUUCUGGAGAGAUGAUUAUGUGUUGUCCAUGUUUGUUUUGUUUUAAUUUGUCAAGGAGGUGGAGGCGCUCUGGGGUCUGUCUCUCUGAUAGUGCUGAACGAUUAACUGAAAUUUUGUGUGCACAUUGCACAGUUUCUCUAGAGAUAAAUCAGAUCCAGACUGAACUGUGCGAUGUAGUACGGCAUUGUAGUUUCCAACAGGCCAAUAUUCUACAUAGUUUAGCGUGUAAAAUGUGGUAAUUAACUAUAAUACCCAUAAUCCAUUGCGCAUCUACUUGUUCAGUCUGUUUCUUUUACUGCUUCUACGGAAGAGAGAAGAAUGCGAGAUUGUGAGGUGAUCUAGAGAGCAGCUGUUGCUUUGCGGUGUAUCUACCUGAAAAUACAUGAUCUAAGUGAUUGAUAUUGGUAGGAAUCACUUGGUAUUCAGCCGUCAAAAAGUAUGCCUUAUUUACAUUUUAAGAACUACAUUAAUAAAUAGUGAUUUUGUCAAGCAGCAGCUCUACAGAUAUGUCUUGGAAUUGAAUAUAAAUUAAUCAAAUAAAACAAAUGUAAUAUACACAACUGAAAUAUUUGAUUAAAGUCAUGUGAAUAAAUGAUGGUUAAUAAGUGUAAUGGGCCGUCACUACCACCAUGGUACUUUUAUUAAUAGUUGUAUUCUGUGUUACAGCAUUCAACCCACAUAAUGCAUAUUGCAUUUAAUGUUUGCAAAAAUUAUUGAAACCGAAAUUGAAAACCAUGAUUAUUUUUGAAUGAUCGAACCGAAACAGAACCGACCUCAAAUAACACUAAUCGCUCAGCACUACUCUCUGAACUCACAUUUGGUUGUGGAUAUGAAGGAGCCAUCUAUAAACCUGGGAGUCAGACCUGCUACUGCUUUAGUCCACGCCUCUGUCAUGUCAUUAAUACCAGACUACAAAGAACUAUGACAACAAACCGUGAAGGACGAUGACAGAGUAGCGACAAAGAAGUUUGAGUCGGUUGAAGCAGAAGCUUAUCCGACUACCAGGCCUAGCCUUCAGUGAUCCGACUACCAGGGCUAGCCUUCAGUGAUCCGACUACCAGGCCUAGCCUUCAGUGAUCCGACUACCAUGCCUAGCCUUCAGUGAUCCGACUACCAGGGCUAGCCUUCAGUGGGCAGUGCCACUGUCCUUUCUGUAGUCCUAUAGUACAGGCACAGUGUGGUACGGUAGGAGUACUGUGUCAUUUAACUAUGUGUCUCCAGUGGCCUUACCCCUAACUGGAGGCUGGUCCUAACAUUCCAACCUCGUGUCUAUCUAUCUGGUGCCUCUGAAGGGCUGUGUUUUUUUAACCUAAACCACAGAGCCAAGUAGUAGCCUAAACCUUAAUGCACUCGAACACAGGAAGCCUUCCUCCUUUAUACACUACUACUAGCAUGCCACUCACUUUGUUUUAAUUUAGACAACAUUGGUUUAAAUACGUUGUUGAGCACUGACCUAAACAUGGUGUGUUGUUUCCCUGUGUAGCAUUACUGGCUUGUGGUCACUUGGUGACUUGUAAUUUGGAACAUCUUUUCAGGCUGUUGGUGUAGCUGAGAUUUUGUAAAGGCAGUAUAAUCUGUCAUAUUUGUUUUUACUAGUCCAUUGGCCUAAUGCACAGUUGCCCUUGUUGUAAAGGAACUUUAUGUUAAACUUUUAUUUUGAUAUUCACAUAUUUAUUAUUAUUUUUGUAUUUUCUGAGCACUUUUUUACAACGUACUUUAUGUAACAACACCUUGAUAAACUGUUAAUAAAUAUACUUAACUAUGCUUUAA